UCAGUGGCGGCGGGAGCAGCGAGGCUCGGUGCGGGGGCAGCGCGCUCCGAGGGGACCAGGCCGAGGUCAUCCGUGAGAAUUGCAGAAAUGGCUAAACUGACCCAGCUAAUUGACAAUGAAGUCUUUCGGGCUUAUGCUACCUAUGCAACUAUUGUUCUUCUGAAAAUGAUGCUAAUGAGUUUUAUAACAGCAUACUUCAGGAUCAGCAGAAAGGCAUUUGCCAACCCAGAAGAUAUGCCAGCCAGUAAAGGCGAGAAUGCUAAAAAAGUUCUGCGAACUGAUCCAGAUGUUGAACGCGUACGCAGGAACCACCUGAAUGACCUUGAAAACAUUGUCCCCUUCUUUGGCGUUGGCCUGCUGUAUGCUCUUAGUGGCCCUGAGCUGUCCACAGCCUUGCUGCAUUUCAGGAUCUUUGCCGGGGCGAGGAUCUUGCACACUAUUGCGUACCUGACUCCUCUUCCCCAGCCUAGCAGAGGUUUGUGUUGGGGAGUCGGGUACAUGGUUACCAUCUCCAUGGCCUACCAAGUGCUGAAGGCUGCGCUGUCCCUGUAG